AAAAUCAGCAGCUUUUACAGAAUAGUUCCUCUGUAGCAGAUCAUUCGUAUUGAACACAGCUCUACUAUUUAAUUUUCUGGAGAUACAGCGAUUCAAACUGUGGUUGUUGGAUAUGUCAUCUAAAAUUCCCGAAAAGGCUGUUCAAGGGGGUUCUUGUACUUUUUGCGACAAAUAUGAUUCCACUCUGGAGGAACAUAUAGAAACCAUGACUCAUAAGAGAGCUGCUAAGAGACUGUUUUGCCACUUUUGUGGUAUUCAGUUCUUCUCCGAUUCUGAGCGUAAUAAACACAGGAACGAAUCUGAAGAUCAUGAAACAAAAACUAUAACAAGAGUCGCAAACCAUCCUCUAUUUAAAAUCUUACCUGAAGAUUCCGAUGAACAACUAGAUGAAGCACUACAGAAACUAGUUUACUAUCUAUACUAUUCAAAUGCAUUACCUUACAAUGUCACUUUGGAAUAUUUAAGGUAUUAUCAACAGAAAGUCAGAUCCAAACAUUCGAUUUUUGAUACGCCAACAAAUUCAUCAGAAAUUUUUAAGAAUGGUUUAGCGAACAUCAUUGCAGAACAACAUAUCUUAUUAAAAUGCGAUAAGAAAGCCAACUCAACUAGGAUUAAAGUUUUGCAGGAAAUACAAUGUUUAGUAAAACUUUUUAUGGAACUUAGAGUUGAUUUACAUAGAACGCGCCUGCCUCUUGUAUCAAAAUGGAAUGAGGUUUUAUUUAGCGUUACCAAAAAUAAAACCGAAAAUUGGUAAAAAUAUCCAAUGUUUUCUUGUUUCACUUGUUUAUAUUUUUUAUCAUUUUACUUUAGACUUUAAUUUUCUACUUUAUAUUAUUAAUUCAAUUAAGUUUGUAAUGCUUCAUUUCAUUAUUUUAGUUUGAUAUUCUGAUUUUCGACUUUGAUUUUAUAUUGCGUUUAUUAUUCGUUCAGUUAACUUGUUAUAAGUUUAUACUACAUUAUGUUAGUAUAUAAGUUUAUUCUUUAAUAAUUAUUCCAAAUAAAAAGUUAUAUUUUGAAGAACUA